AUGCGAGCCCAGCGAGACGCCGCGUUGAAGCAGAACGAGAACCUCCGCAGCGAAGUCACCAUGCUCCAAGCCAGUGCCAACCGUUACGCGCAGCCUCAUCGUGGAUACGGCAACCCCCCGAUAGACGAGCCGAUUCCCCAGCCACCGCUCGCGAACGAUCCCUUUGAGAGAUCACGCGGCCGUCCGUACGCCGUCAGGUCGGGCGAAGAAAUGGACCCGUUCUCGCAGCCUGGGACGGUUCUGGAACUCCGACACCGCCCAGGCACAGCAAUGCCGCAAAUGCCGCGCCUCUACCAGGACGAGGACGAAGGGAUGCAGUCGGGCAUGGUGCAAGCUUCGCGGACACCUCCUCGAGCUCGUAGCGCAGCCCCAUACGGCGCCGGAGGCGUCCGCAACAACCUCAGUCAUUUCCGUUAUCGCGAGGCUCCUGCUGUCGGACCUAUGCCCCUGGCUCAGCCUCCUCGCCCAUCCUUCACGCUUGCGGAUCCCGGUCGCCGCCACCAGAGGCCGAUCAGCGCCCAGCAGGGCUUUAUCUCGCGGUCACACAACGUCAUGUCAGCGCCAGCUCGCUUUGACAACAUGGACACCAUCAACGAGAUGGGCGAGGAAAUUGAUCCGUUCCAAAUAUAG